AUGAAUAUAUUAAUAGGUAACAAAAAAGUAGGAGAGUUACUAAAAUUAUGGAGAAAAAGAAGAUGUAAUUUUUGUGUAUUAUAUGGUAAGAAAAAAAGAGAGGUAGGCAAGAUUAAUAAAAACACAAGCUUCUUAAAAAACAUAUGUAAUAAAAAUGUUAUCAAUAAUUUAGACUGCUUAAGUGUAAUUGAGAAUUUAAAAUAUGUAUCUGAACACAAUGUUAGUGAAGAUAUAAUUAAGAAUUAUAUAAAUAGAAUAAAGUUUUUGAACGAUAAAUGGAGCUUAAACAAAAUAUAUUUUAUUUUUAAAACACUUAUGCAAUACAAUUUGUAUGAUGUGGUGCUGUUAAAUAAAUUGGAAAAUAUUAUUAGUGAUAUAGAUAUAUUAUCAUAUAAUGAAAAGGCAGAAAUAGAUCCUUUUGAGAAUAUAUACAUAAUACGUAUAACCUAUGUAUUACACAGUUUUUAUAAUUUUAAUCAUGCAAAUGAACAAGUAGUAGAAAAGUUAUUAAACAUAUUAAGUAGGAAAUUGGAUUAUAUAAUUUAUCAUAAUAAUUAUUUCAAUUUUUUUUUUUAUAAAAUUAAGGAAUUAAGUGCAUCGGGUAAAUUAGUUAAAAGUGUUUCAUUGAGGAAUUUUAAUAUCACAACCACAAGAACUAAUAAUUUGUUAUCCAGUGUUGAACGGAAGGAUAACAUAGAUAUAGCGGAUGAAAUAUCUGAGCUGGAUGAUAUUUAUUAUGGAGCAGAAUGGCACAGAAAGAAAAGCGCCUUUGUUAGGAAUAUAAACUUUAAUGAAAUAUAUCUUAUUCUCAAUUUUUUAAAAAAUGUAAAAUAUACCAACAGGAGAUUUUUAAAUAGGCUAAAAUUUGUAUAUUAUUUUAAUUGUAUAGUUUUGGACAAGGCAAGUGAAAAUGAUUAUAAAUACAUCACUUUAUUAUUUCACUUUUUUUACGAAAAAACGGAUAAACAUUUGCAUAAUAUUAUGAAGAUGUUUUUGCUAAGACAUACAGAUAAAAAUAAUAUUCACGACUUAGUGCUAGUGAUGAUGACAGUUUAUUACGCCAGGAUUGGAAAACGAUAUGAUGAUAGUUAUAACAGUGAAAUGAUGAAGGGGGCUGAGAAGACAAAGAAUAGUGAGAAGGAGACUUUCAAUUACUACAGCUCUAACAAUAUGAAACAUCUACAAACUGACGACAUACUUUGCAUCAUCGAAAGCAUACAUUUUCUACCAAAUGAAGGGAAGAGAAAUCUAAAAUCGAUUCUUGCUUAUAUUUGUCAGUAUAACAGUACAAACAUGGGAAGUUUUACUGAAAUUACUUAUGAAAGGGUUUUAAAAUUGCUAAAUCGUAAAUACUAUGAAGAAGAAUUUGAAGAUAAACUUGGAAAAAAGAGAGAUAACAUUUCUAGUGACUUCAAAAAAGAAAAUGAAAAUUGUAUAAAAAAUGCUAAACAAAAUGGAACUACAGUUUUUCAUAAAGAUAGAAUAAAUGAACUACAAAGUUUAAGUGAAUUAAUAAAAAUUUGUAUUUAUUCUUUGAAAGAUAUAGAUGAAUUAUAUUAUUUAUACUUAAAAAAGUAUGUAGAAUUUUAUAAUAUGGAAACUAUCCUAAAUAUUAUGAGAAGUUUUGUUUUUGUUUACAAUAUUAAGAAUGAAACGAAGAAGAACUAUAAUAAAAAGAACCUAGACAUUGAAAUAAAUAUGGAUAUUAUAAGUUCAAAUUUAAAUAACUUAACAAACCUUAUAAUUCAAAUUAUUACAACCAUAUCAUUGCACAGAUUUUUGGGUGCAUGUAGCAUAAAAUAUUUAAGCACAUUCCUUUAUUACAUAUACCAAAUAAGCAAUAUAUUUGAAAACAAAACAUUUGAAGAGCUAUAUUUACACAAAUUGAAGAAUUAUAUAGAUAAUAUCAUGAUUAUGAAAUUAAGAUCUAUAUUUCGGAAUAAGAUAAAAGAAGAUGUAAAUAGAAAUGAUAUUGAUAGAAGUAAUAAUAACCGUGAAAUAUGGGAAAAAUACACAUAUCAGGUUAAUUCAUCAAACGAAAAUUAUUUGCAAAAAUCAUAUUUACAAAAGAAAAACGAAUCUCAUUUAAACAAAAGAGACGAAAUCUAUUGUCAAAUUAGCAGUGAUGAACUCUGUAAAGAAGCCACACACUUAUUGAACAGUGGAAAUAAUGACAAACGCGAAUAUAUUGAUGAGCAAUUCAAAAACGAUGGUGCUAAUGAAAUUAUCGAAGUGUUCAUCUUAUUAUUUAACAUAUAUAGCAAAAAAGGAGAUAAUAAAGACAUACUUCUUUUGAUACUAAAAAUACUAAACAAUUUUAAAGUUGAAAAUAAAGAUUUACCUUCAGGGAUAUACAUAAAUUUAUUAAAUUCCUUUGCAAAGCUUAAAUAUAGAAAUUUAAACCUUAUUGAAACUUGUUUAAACAAAAUUGACGAUAAUUCUGAAGGUUUGCAAUUUUAUGAAUACACAAAUUUGCUAAUCUCGUUAUCCAAGCUAAACAUAUUUGGUAUAAAUUUAAAUAUAUACGAUUCGAUAUUUUUAUCAAAAGGUUACAAAUCGUGUAAUAGUAUCUAUUGUGAAGAUAUAAAAAAAAUAUUUUUAAAUGAGUAUAACCAUAAGAGUAUAAAAAACCAGAGCAAAGUAAAAAUAGUAUACACUGUAAAUAGGCUUUUAAAAAAAAUAAAUGAAAGUAUGUCUAAUUUUCCUUUUUAUCCAAGUUAUAAAAUAAUUAAUAUUAUACCAAAUAUAUUGAUGAGCUAUGCUAUUUUAGGUUUUACCAAUAUUCACUUCAAAAAUGUAAACUACUUAUUGGAAUGCUUUCAUGAUUAUGUUUUCAAUUAUUUUAAAAACUUCCCAUCGGUCGAAGGUAACGACACUUACACGAAAAGGAAAAAUGAUGGUGAAGAGAAAGAUGAAGUACAGGAUGAAGAGAAAUAUUACGCAAAUAACCUUGUAACAUGCAUGGAUAGCCCAUCUAGUAAAUGCCAUUACUGGUAUUUUAGUGAAAAAAAUAAUAUAAAAAUAAUAAGAGAGAACACUAAUGGAGCAUUAUAUCUACCCCUACAGUGUGUAUAUCAAAUAUAUAUAUUUAACAUUUACUUUAAUGUGUACGUAAAAUAUUUAUUUUAUUCACAUAAAGAAGAUAUGAAAAAAAAGGGGGUUCUAAACCAGGAGAACCGAGAAGAAAACGAGAAAGAUGUGCAAGGAGGAAGCACAUGUUAUCCAUCAAAUUAUUUACCGAUUACAAAUGUUUAUAUAGAGAAUAACCUCCAAAUUAAUGAAAAACCAAAUUAUAAUAUAUUCUGUAUAAACAAUAUUUUAAGUGAGAAAAGUAUACAUAUAUUAAAUAACGUAAUUUUUUUUGUGAAAUAUGUAAAUAAUUUUUAUAAAAAAAGUAGCUAUGACAAAUAUAAUUUAUGUGUACAAUUUUUAAACGGUAACGGAAAAAAUCAAGAUCAAAAUGAGCAGUUAGUUGAAUAUAUAAAAAAAUGUCAUAUUCAUAUAAAAAGAGACAACACAGUAAUGCACUCCUCCAGUUUCCAUAGAGAUGUUUUUUCAACGUUACUUUCGUUAGGGGUGAAAAAUAUGAAAUGUGAAGUCCCAUUUCUUGAUGGAAUAUACAGUGUUGAUAUUGUUAUAAACAAUUCAAUAUGUAUAGAAAUUAACGGGAACAAUCAUUAUUAUUACAAUGGUAAUAUGAAGAGGUCAUGUGAAAAUAUAGAUUCCCUAAAUCUCAUAAAAUAUUAUUUGCUAAGCAAAAGGUAUAAAUUAAUUUUGGUCUCAUACCUAGAAUGGAAUAACCUGAAGUGCAGUGAGGAAAAGAGAAAUUACAUGAGGAAAAAAAUUCUACUGUGA